AUGCGUCCCAAAAGUCGUCAAGAUUUUACCGUCGCGAUUAUCUGCGCUCUUUCUCUCGAGGCUGACGCCGUCGAAGCCCUUUUCGAUGAAACCUACGAUCGGCUCGGGAAAUACUAUGGCAAACAACAAGGCGACGCGAAUGCGUACAUUAAUGGAAGGAUUGGCAAUCACGAUGUGGUCUUGUGCUACACGUCAGGAAUAGGAAAAGGAAGCGCAGCAAGUGUUGCCUCAAGCUUACAAGUCAGCUACACAGGUAUUGAGCUUGCUUUAGUUGUUGGUAUUUGUGGGGGUACCUCAUCGCAAUCCGACCAUCAAGAGAUAUUCCUAGGCGAUGCUAUCAUCAGUGAUUCUGUGAUCGUAUAUGACUUUGGCAGGCAAUACCCUGGUGGCUUCCAACGGAAGUCUGGAGUCAAGGACACACUCGGCAGACCGAAUCGAGAAAUUCGGACUCUUCUGAAUGGCCUGAGGACCAAUAAUGCCCUUAGUGAACUCCAAAGCCAGAUGCAAGGUUAUCUGGAGACUCUUCAGCAAAAAGGAACUAGGUGGCGCCAUCCACAAAUCGACGAUAUUCUUUUCAAGGCUUCUUAUCUUCACAAACAUUAUGCGCGUGCGUCUGAUAUUCAAUGCGGCUGUUCUGAGAGUGACAUACCUGAGGAGAUCUGUGAAAGCGCACUGGAAGAAUCCUGCAAUGAUCUUGGUUGUGACAAAGGUCAAAUAAUACGGUGUCGAGAAUUUGGGGAAGCUACGAAAGCCUCUAUACAUAUCGGAAUACUCGCUUCAGCCGACAUAGUGAUGAAAUCCGGACAGCACCGCGAUGCAAUUGUCAGAAAGGAGAAGAUUAUAGGUUUUGAAAUGGAAGGGGCAGGUGUGUGGGACAAUAUAUCGUGUAUCAUCAUUAAAGGGGUGUGUGACUAUGCGGACAGCCAUAAGAAUAAAUUAUGGCAAGAUUAUGCUGCAGCGACUGGAGCGUCCGCGGCAAAAGCUUUCUUAGAGUUCUGGCCUCGGAAUCAAGAAGACACACGCAAGACAGCUCACUUCAUGAUCCCGUUUGCGAGAAAUCCACGGUUUGUCGGCCGGCAGGACGAAAUUGACAGGUUAGAAGAAUUAAUCUCGACACCCGGCAGGCUAAAGAAAAUUGCCAUUACUGGACUGGGAGGGGUUGGUAAGACCCAGGUAGCUCUCGAACUAGCUUACCGUAUGCAAGCCAGAGAGGAUGAAUGUUCAAUCUUUUGGAUCCCUUGUACCAGCUAUGAGGCUGUUGAGCAGGCCUGCAUGGCCAUUGCACAAAUGGUCGGGAUCCAAUCUGUGAAGCCAGCAGAGGUGAAGGAGCAUCUCAAGACUUACUUUAGCCAAAGGGACGGGAAGUGGCUUCUGAUCUUCGACAAUGCAGAUGACAUGGAGAUGUGGAUGAAAGGCAGCAAGACAUCCUCCGCAUUAAAGGACUUCCUUCCUUAUGGUAGCCACGGCCAUAUUGUUUUUACUACUCGCAAUCAGAAGUUAGCAGUGAGGCUGGCAUCAUCUGAUGUGAUACAUGUUCGCGAACUCGACGAAGAAACUGGAGUGGAGUUUCUGGGGAAGUUACUGAUGCAAAAAAGCCUACUCCACGACAGCAGUUAUGCGGUGAACACCCUUCUCCAGCAGCUUACAUUCCUUCCAUUAGCUCUUACCCAAGCUGCAGCAUAUAUCAACGAAAACGGUAUAAACUUGUCUGAUUACUUGCUACUCCUCCAAGAACAGGAGGCAGAAGUUGUAGAGCUACUGAAUGAAGAUUUUGAUGAUGAUGGACGCUACAAAGAAAGCCAGAACCCAGUGGCCAAGACAUGGCUGAUCUCAUUUCAUCAGAUUCGGAAGCUUGACGAACUUGCUUCUGGAUAUCUGUCGCUUAUGGCUUGUGUUCAUCCGCGUAAUAUCCCGGAGUCCUUCCUUCCAUGGCCGGGAUCAAGAAAGAAAAUGACUGAAGCUCUUGGGCUUCUAAAGGCUUACUCUUUCAUUACUAUCCAGCCUGGGAACGGCUCUAUAACGUUACAUCGCCUGGUACAUCUGGCAACCCGAAACUGGAUGCGAAAGGAGGAACAGUUCUCACGCUAUAUAAGACAAGCAGCAGCCCGAUUGAAUGAGAUCUUCACUAGCAAUAACUAUACCAACCGACAGCUUCGGCGAGAAUACCUGCCCCAUGCCCUCGUCCUAUUGGGCGAAAGUCAGUUCAAAAAGCAACAAGACACAUAUGUUAGCUUAAUACAGCUAGUGGGGAUCUUCUUAGCGAGUGAUGGGAGAUACAAUGAAGCGGAAAAUCUGUUGUCGCAGGUGAUGGGGACCCAGAAACAGGUACUAGGACCGGAGCAUCCUGCCACUUUGGCCAGUAUAGUUAACCUUGCAUCAAUAUACCUGAUGCAAGGACGAUGGAAGGAAGCAGAAGAGCUUUUGUUACAGACUAUAAAGACCCAGAAACGGGUACUAGGACCAGAGCAUCCUGACACUUUGACCGGUAUGACUAACCUUGCAUCAAUAUGCUUGGGCCAGGGACGAUUGAAAGAAGCAGAAGAGCUGCAAAUGCAUAUUAUAACAAACCAGAAACAGAUAUUAGGACCAGAGCAUCCUACCACUUUGGCCAGCAUGGAUAACCUUGCAUCAAUAUACUCGAAGCAGGGACGAUGGAAUGAAGCAGAAGAGCUGCAGACGGAGAUUAUAACAACCCAGAAACAGAUACUAGGACCAGAGCAUCCUGGCACUCUGGAAGCCAUACACAGUCUUGCAUUUACUUGGAAAUCCCUUGGAAAUAUUCAGCCUGCCUUAGCUCUGAUGGACAAAUGUGUAGAGCUCCGCAACAAAGUCUUAGGCUCGGAUCAUCCAGACUCCAUAUCUUCCUACAACGCAUUGAAGAACUGGGAAGCAGAAGUGAACUCCUCAUCAGCAAAACAAGCACAACAAAAUCCGCCUGUAAUACCAAUGCAUACUCAGUCUUCUCACUCAUUCGAUUUAGAUCCAGAGACUGUCAAGGGGGCCAGAUGGCAGGCUCUCAAGAACUUUUUCAGGAGACCAUGGUUCCAUUCUUACACUUCUUGA